CGGGAGCGGCCGGGCAGCCCCGGCGGCCGCCGCCUCCUCGUCCUCCGGCUUUGGCGCGGGGAAAGACCGCAGCUAGAGGGAGCUGCUCCGGACCGCGUCUGCCCGUGCGCCCCGGUUCUUUCACAGGCUCCCCCGCCCCUCCCCUCCCUCUUUCCCCCGUGAUGGCGGAGGACAGCGAGUCCGCGGCCAGCCAGCAGAGCCUGGAGCUGGAUGACCAGGACACCUGCGGCAUAGACGGCGACAAUGAGGAGGAGACCGAGCACGCCAAGGGAAGUCCUGGAGGGGAUUUGGGAGCGAAGAAGAAGAAAAAGAAGCAGAAGAGAAAAAAGGAGAAACCAAAUUCUGGAGGCACCAAAUCAGAUUCUGCAUCUGAUUCCCAGGAGAUUAAAAUUCAACAACCUUCAAAAAAUCCAGCCAUUCCAAUGCAGAAGCUCCAAGACAUCCAGAGAGCAAUGGAGCUGCUCUCUGCAUGCCAAGGCCCAGCAAAGAAUAUUGAUGAGGCUACCAAACGUAAAUACCAGUUUUGGGAUACGCAACCUGUACCUAAACUUAAUGAAGUUGUAACUUCACAUGGUGCAAUUGAACCAGAUAAGGACAAUGUCCGCCUAGAGCCAUAUUCUUUGCCACAAGGUUUUAUGUGGGACACAUUGGAUCUUAGCAAUGCUGAAGUCCUGAAGGAGUUAUACACACUAUUAAAUGAGAAUUACGUAGAAGAUGAUGAUAAUAUGUUUAGGUUUGAUUAUUCACCUGAAUUUCUUCUGUGGGCAUUACGUCCUCCAGGCUGGUUACCGCAGUGGCACUGUGGGGUUAGAGUGUCUUCAAACAAAAAACUGGUAGGAUUCAUAAGUGCCAUCCCUGCAAAUAUUCGUAUUUAUGACAGUGUGAAGAAAAUGGUAGAAAUCAAUUUUCUGUGUGUCCAUAAGAAACUGAGAUCUAAACGGGUGGCACCUGUACUGAUUCGAGAAAUAACCAGAAGAGUAAACUUGGAAGGAAUUUUUCAGGCUGUUUACACUGCUGGAGUGGUACUUCCCAAACCUGUGGCCACUUGCAGGUAUUGGCAUCGAUCACUAAAUCCCAGAAAAUUGGUGGAGGUGAAAUUUUCACAUUUGAGUAGAAAUAUGACUCUACAAAGAACAAUGAAGCUCUACAGACUUCCUGAUGCCACAAAGACUUCAGGUUUGAGACCAAUGGAACAAAAAGAUACUAAAGCAGUACAAGAAUUAAUCAAUACUUACUUGAAACAGUUUAAUCUUGCUCCUGUGAUGGAUGAAGAGGAGGUGGCCCACUGGUUCCUGCCUCGGGAUCAUAUUAUUGACACUUACGUGGUAGAGGGUUCAAGUGGUAUUUUAACAGACUUUCUCAGUUUCUACACAUUACCUUCAACAGUGAUGCAUCAUCCUGUUCAUAAAAGCCUCAAAGCUGCCUAUUCCUUUUACAAUAUUCAUACAGAGACUCCCCUGUUGGAUUUAAUGAAUGAUGCACUCAUUAUAGCUAAAUUGAAAGGAUUUGAUGUGUUCAAUGCACUAGACUUAAUGGAAAACAAAACAUUCCUGGAAAAACUCAAGUUUGGGAUUGGUGAUGGAAAUUUGCAGUAUUACUUGUACAACUGGAGAUGUCCAGGCAUGGAAUCUGAAAAGGUUGGUCUUGUAUUACAAUGAGAACGCUUAUGUUUCUAGAACUCUUGAGGUCAUCGUUUGAGUUAAUUUGAUCUCCAUAACUCUUGAAAUGGCAUUGUUCAAGGGGAGUAAAAGCACAACGUCAGUGAUACUGAAAUAGUCCAUUAAAUCUGAUCAACGAAAACAUCCACAUGUGACCAAAUUUAUGCAUUUUCAGAUAGAUCAGACAGUCCAUGAAACUCUUCUAUUGUCCAUGAAAAGAAUAAAAAGCACAUUCAUUUAAGUUUCAAAGCUUAGCUUUUACCUGGAUGAGAAGAAGGUAUUUUUUUCCACUCUGUAGAAAAGACUGUUUUGUACAAACUGAACUUCAGUGGUGGAUUAGGGUACAAAAAUAUUUGCUAUUAUGUGGAUGAACUGCUGCAUUUCUAUUUAUUAAGUGGUGAUGUAUGUAUGUCAGUGUAACAGAAUGAAGGAUACAAACUGGAGUAUCUUUGCUUAUUUACUUUACAUGGAUAUCAUCAUUUGGGGGAAAAUCACAAAGUACGAUAUGUUUGUAGCUCUAUGAAAGUCCUGGAUGUUUUUGUAACUGGAGGAGUGUGACAAUGUACUGGUUUAACUAGUGCAUUUGUUUCUCCAUAAGCAACGCUGCCAAAUCAAUAAAAAAUACAGAUUUGUACUUUGAUCUUCAAUAGAUCAGUGGAUUGAUUUAACAGUAUCGCACUGUUCAGUGCAGGUGUUAUCUGUGUUGCCAGAAUGAUAAUACAUUACUGUACUUAAUUUACAGUUGUGGCACAAUACCUUAGUUUUUCCUCAGUAGAAUAACAUCAGCCUGUGUGUAAAACUAAGAAUUUUAGUAGUGCUAUCAGGAUAUUUAUAGUUUGAAUGUUUUCAACGCUUCUGCGAAAUUGCACAUAUUCCUUUGUCUACUUUGAUUUCCUAUGAAGUCUGUAAUUCUAAUGAAAAGUACCUUGUGUAAAUAUGUAUUCAUAAAUUGUUCCUGGUAGUGUUUUUAUCCUGACUUUGGAACAAGAAGUUUUGCUAUAUAUGUGGCUGGUAAGCAGAAGAGAAAUGAUCUGCCCUCAGUCCUUGGAAGUCUGUACUGCACUUCCUGAAAUGUAGGAGGGCUGAUCUUUGUUGUUGGGUGGAGCUGUUUUAAUUCCCUCAUGAAUGCUCGGCAAUGGGAGUGGCUUCUGAAGCACUUUAUAUGCAUUCCAGCAUAGCAUCAUAGCUAGAGAUGGUGGCAGUUCUUUCAGCUCAUGGAUGCUGCAGAAUCAUGAGCACUGAGAAAAUCUGUGUUAAGAAACUGUUCUAGCUGAAAGUGCCAAAUUGUGGUAGUGAAGCCUCUGUGCUGUGAGCAUCUUUUGAAUGUGACUUGAAUAUCUCAUGAAAUGCAAAUGUCUGACUUUCCUUUUAAACAUGCCUGUAAUUCUGACAGCAGAUUUUGCUGAAAGUUUAAUUCUGUACAUGAAGAUAAAUUUGUCCUUCAUAACUGUUAGCCCUACCCAC